CUCGGCCAACAGGCUGUAACAACGACCCUGUUGCUUUUCAGUGAUGUCACAAACAAAACGUUGGGAGCUCGCACUUCCAUGAUGUUAGAAAAGAUGUUUAAUGGCUAUGACAAGAGACUGCGGCCAGACUUUGGAGGUAACUCCAACUUUAUAUAAUUUAAGUCAAAAAUUUCAAUUCAAACUCGCGGUUAAAUUUUACCCGGGGGGCCGUAAUUUGAAUUACAGCGGGUCCGAAAGUAGUUUAAUAGAAAAUAAACGUUUGUAAUGAGAUUGACACUGCUCUUAGAAACCGCAGUUGGCACAUGCAAUGAGAGUGGACUUUUAAUUUGGCCUUAUUUGCAGGUGCUCCAUGCAAAAUAAACAUUUCCCUGCACGUGUCAUCGAUGGUUCCCAUUAAGGAAAUUGAUAUGGUAAGAUUAUCAUCUAGACUACCUUAAAUCAAGAUACUAUAACUAUGUAUCUCAGUUCUGUCUUCGUUGUUUGCGACUUCAAUACUCGUCAAAUUUAGUUGAAACGCUAGUUGAAAGCUGAGGUUUUUCGACAUGUAACUCCUUCUCAACCAAUUUUCUUCUCCUAUUGCCAGUGUAGAGACUCGCGGUUUUUAAAUAGAUAAUAAAUGCGAAGGUAAAUAUUUUAGAGUUUUCAACAACUUUAAGGACUACUGCGGCUGCAAUCAUGAAAGACAACACUGUAUAAUUAGUCAAACAAACUUUACAAUGUGUCAUGUUUCGGUUACAGGCUUCGCGCGACUAGUAACUAGUAACUUCUGUCCCUCGCUUGGCGAGUGGCACCCGUAAAUUUUCCCGCGCUUAGCAGCCAUCGCAUGUUUCCCAGUCACGUCAUCGCUUCGAGCUCUAGUUUAGGCAGUGUUGUUGGAUUUCGAAGUAGAACUUGGUGUAAGCCUACAUAUGUUGUCCCAGCGUCACUCGGUCUGUUAUGGUAGUUAGGCUAGGAUGUUUACAACAAUUUAGUUUUAUUAACUCAGUUGACGAAUUCAAUGAAGAAAAGCAUUGAAGAGCGGUCGUUGCGACCGCUAGCUCUUCGUCAGAAGCGAAUCCUGGAGUCCCAAGGCGUUCUCGGCUCGGACAAUCCGGGACUCUAGCGUGAUCUGUGACGUCACCAAGAGAGACGCCGACCCUUUCCCAGGAAAGAGGCAAGGGAUAACUUCUAGGGGCAGGCUGGAUCAUCCAUUUUAGGCCACUAGGUACUUUAGUGCAUUGAAAAGUGGAAUCUGCACAGAAUCUAUGACCAUUUACUCAGCGAAGAAUGUCUCAAAGCAUAUGUAACGAUAAGGAGGAGUGAAGAUUAGUAGCCAUAGACAGUUCAGAAGCAUAAACAUGCUUCUAUAACAAUUUUAAGUAUUUAGCAAGAGGUUAAACCCUCUUAUCCAUGCCAAAUAUCAUUCUUGUCGACUCUUGAAUCCUCCUGCGCCCUUCCAUUAAUGAUCCUUUAAUUUUUGCAAAUAAUGGCUUUAUUUUAAUCCAGGAGGUGACGAUCGUUAUGUUCUUCCGUCAACAUUGGACUGAUUCUCGUCUAGCAUAUGGUCCUUCAUUGGGAAUUCCAAAGAUAAAGCUCCUUGGGAACAUUGUCGAUCAAGUUUGGCUACCGGACACUUUUUUUAUAAACGAUUUGAGCGGCGCAAAGCCGAGUGAAGAUUUCUUGUUUGAACUGACUGAAGACGGACGUAUUACGUACAGCCACAGGUGCUUGGAAAGUCAUUUAACUUAUUUGUUUUUCGUAUGAUUUUGAAAAAGUUGACCUUAUUUGAAAAUAAUUUCACUGGCAUCGCUUGCAAAUAAUUUAACUGUUUACUUUUGUCCGGGGUCAAACGCUGUAAUGAAAGUACGCUUAUUAUGUUUUCCUUUAUAAAUUAUCCCCCGGUUUAGGAAAUCACUUCGUUUGUACUGUCCUAUGGAUUUGCGAAAAUUUCCCAUGGACAAACAAAUUUGUGAAAUGGACUUUGAAAGCUGUAAGUAUUUUAAUACAUACAAAAUGUUCCUCUUUUACAAACCACAGCAGCAUAGCUGUCGCGUCCCGAUGUUUGAUUCAAACUUAACGCCAAAUAGUGGGCAGGCAAUUAUGCUUUUGCGCAUGCGUAAGUGACCUUCUGUGUGAUAGUUAGCAUUAACUAUCAUCAUUUGUUCAAUUUCUUUUUAUAAAAUGAUGUGAAUGCUACGCUCGUUGUGAUUGGUCGUUGCCCAUGAUCUAUUAGAAUACAGAUACAUGGAUAACGUCACAGAAAAUUUGUUUUAUUUGUGUUUUUUUUCAACAUGGCGCGUGGUUUUGAAAAUGUUUGUGAGAUUACUAUGGAUUAAGCAAGUGAAAGUCUCGAAAAAAAGUUUAUCAGGAGCUAUUUACAACGAAAAAUAUGGUGAAAUGGAGGCAAAAAGAGUUUUUGACAACUUGAGAAUGUCUAAACUGAAAGAAAUCUUUACAACAGUUGCCAUCGCGUGUCAUCGCUACAAGAGACUCGCUGUUUUGCAAAAUGUUUUCGCCAUUAUUCUGCUUUGAGCAAGAAAAGAAAAAACUCUUCGAAGAAACUGUAUGCAAGUAAGGUAACGAAAAAAAAAGCAUAGACGAAAAGUAGCGUUUGGGACCAAAAAAUGUGCCUAAACUAGAACAAACCUCGAACAGUUAAAAGCGGUACGAGGUAGGUACGAGUAUCGGUCUUUUUUCUCUUCUGAUUAUUGUAGAAAACAAGUAGAUUCCAUGUUGCCGUGGGUCUGUUCAGUAAUAGAUCACAGAAAAUGUCAAAAUGCGGUAGAAACAUCUGCAGUGACACACUCGCCUGCGGCUCGUGUACCACUUCUUUGUUCUCAGCACAUUUUGACGUCAUCUGUGAUCUAUUACUGAACAGGCGCACGGUAACACGGAAUCUAUUUGUUAACUCGACUAAUCUUUGCCUAGAGCUGCGAACUUUGUGAUCAGCGCCAAUGUAUUGAGAACUCUGGCUAGGCCCGGUAUUGCGCGCAAGCACAGUAAAUUCCCUUCCUUAGGCUAUAACAUAGCCUAGCACUAGGUCAACCAAUCAGAACGCAGCGUUGAUAAUAGACCACUAGUUGGAUUUUACUAAAAGUCGUUACUGUUUUAAGUUUCCGUGUCUGCGCAGAAAUGCCAAAAUCCGUGUUUGGGGCCCCAUUCUCAACCCCAGUGCUUGCGCUUCAUGCGCAGAAGAGCUCUGGGGUCGAGGUUGGAUUGUUUCGACCCUAGCCAGAACUUUCGGUCUAUGGUGCUGACCAAAAGGAUCGUAGCCCUGGGAGAUCUUAUAAAUGGCUACUUUACUUCCUUAGUUUCUUAUGAUGUUCGGGAUGUUUUCUACUCCUGGCUAAAUCAAGACCCGGUACAAAUAGACAAUAAGGUUCAGAUACCUCAGUUCAUGCUGAUGGAUUGGCGACUAAAAUUUACUCUUCACGAGUAUACCACAGGUACUGAUUCAGUGUUUGAGAUCGAUCCCUGUAUGAGCUAGCACACAUUCAGGCACUAGUCACUCAGACUUUUCUUAGUUUUAAUAGAAGAGAGUGGUGAUUGAGGCAUUGCAACAUAAGGGGGAUACAGCAACAACCACUACAAUUGCUUUUUGGCUUAUUAUAAUUAAUUUCUUUGCUGUCUUUGUGUAGUGUGAACGCAUUCAUUAAGAAUGAUUCAGUUCCAGGAAAACUAUGCCAAAACUGCAAAACAUUUGAGCGAGUUGGAAAAGCCGCGAUAAAAUCUGAAAGAACGCGAAGCGAAGACAAGGGAUUUCCCAGGGGGUGGGGUACUCCGGAUUUCGAGUGACAGGGCUGAUCGAAUGGGGACAAAAAUCAAAACCCAAAAAAAUCCGAUGCCGAAUUUCCGAACCAUAAAAAUUCCCAGAGGAGUACCCUCCUGGGUCAGAAUUACGCCUCAAAAAUGUUCCAAUAAAGUAUUUACCUUCAAAAUGAGCCCCUGAAAAAUGUUUAAAACAGUGAGCAUGCAUUUCCUUAGUCCAACUCUACCGCGAAAAUUAAAUUAUAAUCAUUUCGUGUUUUUAAAUUUUCCUUUGUUCUGCAACAUGAGAACAGUAUUAUCUAUAAUAAUCUUCUCAUUCUCUAUUGUCUUCCUUUUAGGGAAUUUUAGUAGACUGUCAGCAGUUUUCCGUUUCAAAAGACAACUAGGUUUUUACCUUCUUCAAGAAUUUAUUCCGACCGUUUUGAUCGUAGCGCUAAGCUGGGUUGGCUUUUGGAUCGAUGAAAGAUCGGUACCCGCUCGAGUGUCCCUCGGAAUCACGACAGUGCUCGCCUUGACGACGCUUAUGUUUGGGAUACAAGCCUCUCUGCCACGAGUUGGUCACGUGAAAGCGAUUGAUGUGUUUUUGAUGGGUAGUUUUAUCUUCGUAUUUGCCACUUUGAUCGAGUAUGCUAUCAUCUGUCAUUUGCUAUCUAUUCAUCAAACAACUAGUGAAGUAAGCGAUACGUUCCAUCAAGUCUUUGAAGGCAAACAAGUAGAACUUCAGGUGAACGUUUUACAAUUUUUUGACUUGCUGCUCGUUUUAUUUAGUAAAAGGGUUCCAACAGGGUUCUUCAAUCCCGUCAUCCCGACACAAAUGAUCGCGCUAUCCCUUUAUUUCGAUAGCUAUUUUGGACGUACAGUCGCGGAGCCUUCACUAAUGGUCACCUCAAAACAACGGCCACUUUCUUCUGACCCCAAGGUGGCCGGUGUGGAGAGGUUCAACUGCAUCACCUCGCGUGUAUAAUUUCAAUCCCGAAUCCCGUCCCCGUUUUGCUAGAAAAUCCCGAAUCCCGAGCUUCAUAAGGGACAUCCCGGAUCCUAAAAAACCUAUUGGGGAACCCCUAGUAAGACACCGUUGGGAGCUGUACUCCGGGCGUUCUUCUUGGAAAGAUGUGGAUCCCGGGGUAGGUCCGGGUCCCCAGAUCCCGAGCUUCAUGAGGGACAUCCCGGAUCCCGAAAAGCCUAUUGGGAACCCGGCCUCUAUUAAGACACCUUUGGGAGCUGUACUAGGCGUUCCUUUUGGAAAGAUGUCGGUCCCAGGGGAGGAGGUCGGAGGGGGCAAUCAGUGGAAAGUUUGAGUGGUAGUUUUUCAAGCCCUGACCCUGUUUAACUCAAAAACUAUUGGCAUUCAUUUUGUUGCCCUGUUUAAGAUAAGUGCCCAUUUUUUAAGGGCCUUGUUAUCGAAUACAGCACACGAAGAAUGCACGCCGCCAAAGUUUCCGCCAAAACUUUGAAUGGUGAAAUUGUAUACCCCGUUUAAGACACUCAUUCAAAAUGCCGAAGACCACUAGCCUGUUCCAGGUUCGAGAUAGUCGUUGAGAAAGCGCGAAACUAGAGGAAAAUGGGACGAGGAACGGUGACUCCCUUUCUUUUUCCCGCCACCACCCCUUUCCCCCAGAUCACGCGCUCAUAUUUUCGCGCACAUUUCAUUUACGCGUCGUCCCUACUAUCUGGAUUAUCUGGGAGCCUAAAAAAGGCUGGAAAACUACUCACAGUUCAGCAGCAGAUUCCCGUUUAGGCUUAAUAACGGGGUGCCCCCAGGGAUGUCGCUCUAUUAGAUUGUCUGUGUGUCAUCGGGCGUUUCUAUGGUGAAAGUGCAACAAGGAAGCGAGAAGGUGAAACCUAACAAUCUCCUCUUCCAUAAAAAUAAUGAGCUAGGCAUGAUAUCCAGGUUACCUGAUAGGUGGGGCCAAAGGUAGCGCCCUCGGGCGUUAUUUCAUAUAUAAGUGACGGGGAUGCUCCUCGGGGAGAGGGGGACUCCGCAUAUGAAAGGGGUGUGGAUGCUCGUCGGAAAUUUUGAAUUAAACCCCUGAAGGAGACCGAUCUGGGCGUGGCCCAAGCUUCUUUUGACCCCUAAAAGAGACCAUGUUAAAACACAGACAAAUGAGAAAACUUGGAUUAUAUGAAUGGAGUAAAUAAAACAAAUUAAAAAUAUACAUAUCAAAUAUAGAUAUUUUUAUAUUUUUUCGCGUUCAACCCUAAACGAAACCUUCACGGCUAAAUAUGAUGGCGUUUUGCCCAGAACACUCUAAUAUAAGUGAGACCAAAAUCCGAAAUUUACACCCGUAAGGGAAACCAAUGUGGGCGUGGCUCAUGUUUAAACUGACCCCUAAAGGGGACCAUACUAAAACAGACAUCUAAAUAGAAUUGUAUAAUGCCUGGGAUGUCGUGUUCGUUUUUAAGCGUUAGCCGAUUUCUGUACGGUCAGCGUCACGUCAGUUUCUUUAUAUAUGCCCAGCCCUAAGCGAUACCUGAAUGGGCAUAUAAGGUGACCUUCCGUCCCAAACCCCCUUAGUAAGACCGAAAUCUGCAAUUUCCACCCCUAAGCGAGACGAAGAGCAUCCCUGUCACUUUUAUAUGGGAGUUCCCCCCGGGAGAUAGCGGCUGAGGAACGAAAUUCGAGGCUGACACUGAGAUUGCAAGAUGGUUUUCAUCAUUAGCAUCAUCAUUAAACCCCUUCCUUACAGUUCCAACUUUGUUACUGUCAUUUGGUUUGUAGAAAAGACGUGGUAACGGAAAACACGAUUCUCUCUUGAGUAAUUUUCGAUCACGAUUUUUCGGAAAGCGUAUUUCCGACGUCAAAACAGGCCAAGCGUCGUCCGUGCAUCAGGGACAGCGGUGUAGAAUUGACCAGCAUUGCAGGAAGUUGUUUCCAAUGGCCUACGUCUUAUUUUUGUCAAUAUACUUUGUGGUUUACUAUUUUGCAGACUUUUAA